UCUCAGGACGUGUUCAGUGAAUGCUUAAAUGGCCAAAGGGUUUCACAACACAGCGACAGACAUUUUAUUUCGAAAAUUCAUGCCGGAAGAGAUCUUCAGAUGACCAAACUUAACACUUACUUCCACCGGCUAAAGCCAGCAGAUAGGGGAUCAUGGCAGAUCUCGGGAUCAAAGCAGGAGACACGGUGCUGUUUGUGUGGGCCCAGCCCUCAGCGCCUGCAGCUCUGAAACAAUACGCUGAGGAACUGGGUGCCGCUGUUGGUGCAGACGGAAAAGUGUUGGUGGAGAACAUGGAGAGACUGUUGCUGUCCUCCCAUUCAGCCUCAACAUUUGACUGGGUGCUCUCCUGUCUCCUGGCCAACAGCUCCUCUGUCCACAGUUUGGAGACUCUAGCCGAGAUAGCCCGAGUGCUCAAACCUGGUGGGAAGUUAAUUCUGGAUGAAGCGGUUACAGGAGCUGAGAUGCAGAGUGUGAGGACUAGUGAGAAGCUGACGUCGGCUCUGAAGUUGUCAGGCUUCAUGUCAGUGACAGAGGUCAGUACAGCAGAACUGAGUUCAGAGGCAUUGAGCUCACUCAGGACGGCCACUGGUUACCAAGGGAACACACUGUCUAGAGUCCGCUUUUCUGCAUCCAAACCAAACUAUGAGAUGGGAUCAUCUAGCCAGAUUAAACUGUCAUUCGGGAAAAAGACACCAAAGCCAGCUGAGAGACCUGCUCUGGAUCCCAACACUGUCAAAAUGUGGACUCUCUCAGCCAAUGACAUGGAUGAUGACGAUGUGGACCUGGUAGACUCUGACACUCUACUGGAUGAAGAUGACUUGAAGAAGCCCGAUCCAGCUUCUCUUAAAGCCUCCAGCUGUGGAGAAGGAGCUGGAAAGAAGAAGAAAGCCUGCAAGAACUGCACAUGUGGUCUCGCUGAGGAGUUGGAGCAGGAUACCAAAGGACAACAGAAGACAAAUCUACCAAAAUCUGCUUGUGGAAGUUGUUACCUUGGUGAUGCGUUCCGAUGUGCCAGCUGUCCAUACUUGGGGAGGCCAGCAUUCAAACCUGGAGAGAAGAUUGUACUCGACAACGAGACACUGACGGACGCUUGAAACUGCGGUUCACACAUCUAUCGCUCCUGCUUCAAAACAUCACAUUCCUUAUUAUUCCAUCCAUCCUGCUAUUCGCCUGAAGCCAAGACUGCAACUAUAACAGUGACUGAUGCUGCUUCUUCUAGAAUGGCUAGAAUGACACUCAGAGUGCAUACCUUCACCAAACAGCCCCCUUCAAUUAAAUGAAACUGCAUCGAAUUGCC